CUUUGUGCUUUUUCCCUCAGGUAUUCGCAGACUGGAAUAUAACAGGCACUGGAGGAUUCUUACUCCGUCCCCUGGUUUGGGCCUUGCGACCGAUGUUGAUUAUCCCUGGAUGGUUGUUUAGUAGAGAGGAGGCUAUUAAGUAGACCCCAAAGCGGAAACUUGAUUUGUCUGUGAGGGGGAAACGGAAAAUCUCCUUUUAAAAAGUUGCGCUACGACCCUUUUCCCCUGACUCCCAAUCCCUUAGUUUUGCUGUAGAAGUAGAGGUUUUUUUGGAACAUCGUUCUCAUUGUCUGGUGCUGAUCUCCCUGCAAAAUGAGUUUAUGUUUAUCUGGUAUUCGAAGACUUCCUAAGUUUUGGAAGAGCAACCCAUGCCUUGAGCUAAGCCCAGGGCACUCUUCUUAUCUCUCUCUCAGAGUCUACUGUGGCAUCAGGAACCAACAGAGGUGGUUUUCUCUUAAAACAAUGUGUCCACAAGAUACCAAAUCAAGGAAUCUGCUGAUUACCAAGGCCAGAUAUCUCAGGAAAGAUGAGGGCAGUAAUAAGCAAGUUUCUUCUGAUUUUCCUCACCUUUUUGCAGCGGGAGCAGCUAAGAAGAGAUCUCAGAUGAAUCCUCAGAGUAAAGAUCAUGCCUUGCCACCUGUGAGGAACGCUAUUCAAGUCCCAACAAAACCUUUGAAUUCAGAGGAGUGGGAUAAACUUAAAGAAGAGUUCAAAGGAAAGACCAGUUUUGAAAAUUGGAUCAGUUCACAGAUGGCUCACUGCCAUAGCUCUGUAGAUGUGGCUAAAUCUCUGCUGGCAUGGGUAGCAGCAAAAAACAAUGGUAUUGUAGGCUAUGAUUUACUGGUCAAGUAUUUAUAUCUCUGUGUCUUCCAUAAGCAAACAUCAGAAGUUAUUGACGUCUAUGAAAUUAUGAAAGCCAGAUAUAAGAGUUUGGAAUCUGGAGGUUACAGUCUUCUCAUCCGGGGAUUAAGUCAUUCAGACAGAUGGAGAGAGUCCUUGCUGCUGUUGGAGGACAUCAAAAAAGUCAUAACCCCUUCGAAAAAGAACUAUAAUGACUGUAUCCAGGGAGCUCUCCUUCAUCAAGAUGUAAACACAGCGUGGCAUUUGUAUCAGGAAUUGCUAGGUCAUGAUCUUAUUCCUCUGCUGGAAACUUUAAAAGCCUUCUUUGAUUUUGGAAAAGACGUAAAGGAUGAUCACUAUUCAAACAAACUGCUAGACAUUCUUUUGUAUCUAAGAAAUAAUCAACUAUAUCCUGGAGAGUCAUUUGCUUGUAGUAUAAAAACAUGGUUUGAAAGUGUUCCUGGAAAACAAUGGAAAGGACAAUUUACCACAAUUCAAAAAAGUGGUCAGUGUUUGGGCUGUGGAAGAACCAUAGAGCCUAUUCACCUCAGCCCAGAAGAGUAUGAAUUUCUCAAGGGAAAAAUCAUGAAGGAUGUGAUAGAUGGAGGUGACCAAUACAAAAAGACUACACCUCAGGAACUUAAGAGAUUUGAGAACUUUGUAAAAUCCUCUCCUCCUUUUGAUAUUGUCAUUGAUGGACUCAAUGUUGCCAAAAUGUUUCCUAAAGCUCGUGAGUCUAAAGUUCUUUUGGAUGUAGUCUCUCAACUAGCCAAACAGAAUCUGCGACUGCUGGUCCUGGGCCGGAAACACAUGCUAAGACAGAGAUCCCGGUGGAGAAAGGAUGAGAUGGAAAAGGUACAAAAGCAAGCCAGCUGUUUUUUUGCUGAUGACAUCUCAAAAGAUGAUCCAUUCCUUUUGUAUGCCACACUGCACUCGGGGAAUCACUGUAAGUUUAUCACAAAAGACCUGAUGCGGGACCACAAAGCCUGCCUACCUGAUGCCAAGACCCAACGCCUGUUCUUUAAGUGGCAGCAGGGACAUCAGCUGGCAAUUAUGAAUAGGUUUCUAGGAUCAAAGGUAACCUUUCAGCAUAUUUUCAGCUAUGACACAGUGGUACAAACAACUGGAGACUCGUGGCACAUACCAUAUGACGAAGACCUGGUAGAAAGAUAUUCCUACGAAGUGCCAACCAAAUGGCUUUGCCUCCACCGAAAGACAUGAAGACUCCUACUAAAAGACUUCAUGCUAAAUUUGUGUUUAGGUGCCCUUCUGGUUGGCAUCAGAGCUCUUAAGUUGAUGCUUGUUUGGAGAAUUGCCUCUGUCCUGAAGAUAAAAGGGUUCUGUUAACACUAGUCUAGUUGGUUUGUAUGUCAACAAAUUGAUUUUUUAAUUAAAUGAGAUAUAUAUAAUAUAAUAUA